CAGAUGCGGGGGAUCGCAGCACUCAAAGCGGGCGUGAGAUCUGCCGACGGCCGGCGGCUGGAUUCUGCUUCGGAAACUCCCACAGCCUGAAGGACACUUUUGCAUGGGAAACAUUCGCAUAACUUUUGAAACCUGCAGUUCUUGUUCCCUUGGAUGAGUUGUCAAGUUGUGGGCACUAAACUUUGUCGUGCACUGUUGUACUUUGUAUGUCUGUUGUUGUUUGGCGGUUCAUCCUGUGGUUCACGCGCACCAAUGUUAGCUGUCGGGCAGAUGGAUACUAACCGGCAGAGUGCGUUCGUUCUGGGCAGCACUCCACUGGCUGCGCUGCACAACAUGACCGAGAUGAAGACCUCUUUAUUCCCGUACACCCUGCAGAACCCCGCGGGCUUCAAGGCUCAUUCCCUCGGCAACCUGAACUCUCAGAUUCCCCUCGGAACGCCGCAUGGAAUAAGCGAUAUCUUGGGGAGACCCAUCACCACCGCCGGACAGCUGCUCUCGGGCUUUCCCAGGAUCAACGGGUUGGCCACAUCAGCUGGGAUGUACUUCAACCCGGCGGCUGUGUCUCGGUAUCCCAAACCCCUGACGGAGUUGCCCGGUAGGGCGCCCAUAUUCUGGCCGGGAAUGAUGCAAGGUUCGCCCUGGCGAGACCCGCGGGUUCCCUGUCCGGCCCAGGCGAAUAUGAUGCUGGACAAGGAUGGCAAGAAGAAACAUUCCAGACCAACUUUUUCAGGACAGCAGAUUUUCGCGCUGGAGAAAACCUUCGAACAGACCAAAUAUCUGGCCGGUCCAGAGAGAGCAAGACUCGCGUAUUCUCUGGGAAUGACCGAAAGUCAAGUCAAGGUUUGGUUUCAGAACAGAAGAACCAAAUGGCGGAAGAGACACGCGGCUGAAAUGGCCACGGCUAAAAAGAAACACGAUUCAGAGACGGAGAAAAUGAAGGAAAGCUCGGAAAACGAGGAGGAUGAUGAAUAUAACAAACCUCUGGACCCGAACUCCGACGACGAGAAAAUCACAAGACUGUUGAAAAAGCACAAGACGAGUAACCUGUCCCUCAUCAGCCCGUGCAGUAACAGCUCGGACACUUUGUGAUGAUACUGAGCAAAAGACUCUUCAUUUUCAUCAUAAUCAUCAUCAUCUGCCUCAGAUUCUUCUGGGAAAACGAGGCAGAGUUAAGCAGGGUAUAAACACACUGUUCACGCUGCUUUUGCUUUGCUUUGAAUGCGGUUGUACAGUUAGAAGUGGACGUGAGAUGUAUAUAUAUUUUUUACUGAGUAAAUUAUGUUAUGAAAGCAUCACGAAGACGUGCCAACUUUCCCUCAUCAUCAUCAUCAUCACCACCAUUUAAGAUCAUCUUUGUCUUCGAUCGCAGAAGAAUAACGACGCCUAUUUCGCCUAAAAGUUUCACUUUUUUAAUUUUGAAAACAGGUACACAAAGUGUAUAAAAGUGCCAGUGCUGUAAAUGAUGUGAAUAGAAUUUGUUUUAACAAUGUCCUUUUGGCCGCUUAUACUUUCAAUGGAAGGAGUUUAUGUUUUACCUCACAACACGAAAAAUACACAAAGAUGGACAUAAAUAUCGAUGAAGAGAAUAUUAUUGCUUCCGUGAUGAAGGAAGAAAAAACUUUGUAUUAUCAAUAAAUUAUUUAACAAGCCAAUA